AUGGCUAAUAUAAUAUCUUCUAGCGGCCAACUCCAUCACUACAUAGCUCCGAUCACCGUCGCUGAAGUCCUUCUUUCUAUAAACGACGAUCUAUCAGAAUCAUUCUUCCUUUGCAACUCCGAUAGUUUAUUUUACGAAGAAUAUAUUAAACCGAUGUCAAUGGAAGACCAACUUCAAUCCGGUCAGAUCUAUUUCCAAUUACCUUUAUCUAAACUUCGUCAUCCGUUAACAGCUUCAGAUAUGGCUGCUUUGGCUGUCAAAGCAGCACUUGCUCUUCAGAGAAUACCUUCGGCUAAUCAGAAGAAUCGGAUCUCUCCUUUUGAGAUCUUUGAUGAAUCGAAGAGGAAUAGUUUUAGAAAUGAUUCGUUGUUGGGAUCUAGAUCGUUGAUUAAGUGUGGUUCGGUUAGGAAAUCACAGAGGUUUUCAUCUAGACGAACUAGAAUGACUAUGGCGGCUAGGUCAUUCAGGAUGAGAUUAUCUACUAUUUAUGAAGGAUCUGUUUUACUACUAUGA